GCCGAUUGCUUAUACUACUUGGAACAGUUUACAAGGGGACAACCACAAGAACUGGUGCGUAGCUGUCAACAUAUGACUCCUGAACAUGGCUAUGCAGUGGCCAAGGAUCUUCUUCAGUACCACUUUGGAAAUCCUUAUAGAAUAGCAACAGCUUACAAUGAAAAGGCGUUGGCUUGGCAAACAAUAAAAGCUGAGGAUGUUAAAGCUCUAAAAGCAUUUUCUUUAUUCCUUCGUUCCUGUUGUAAUGUUAUGACGGAGCUUCAGCACAUGCAAGAACUUGACAUGCCUGCAAACAUGAAAGCUAUAAUCUCAAAGUUGCCAUACAAAAUGAGAGAACAUUGGAGAGUCACAGCACAUGAAGUUAUGGAAAGAACCAACAACAGAGCUCAUUUCAUUGAUCUUGUCGCUUUCAUUGAACGACAUGUAAAAAUUCUUUCAGAUCCUCUAUUUGGCAACAUACAAGAUCCUUUAUCAAACAAUUCUCAUGCAAAAUCCUUUAUAAGACCCAAGUCAUUUCCUAAAUUUGGAUUCAAAGGAAACACUGUGGCCACUACAGUAACAUCAGGUGUAUUUAAAAAACCCAGCAACAACAAAGAGUUUCCUAACUGUGUUUUUUGUGCAAAAGGCCAUCUAUUGGAAAACUGCAAAGCCUUUACAAUAAUGAAACAUAAAGACAAGAUUCAGUGGCUUAAAGAAAGACAAUUCUGUUUUGCAUGUUUAAGCACUGGUCACGUGAGUCGCAUCUGCGAGCAGCGGCUAAAAUGUGAGGCCUGUAGUCAAAUGCACCCUACCGUGCUCAACAUUAAAAGACAGCCCCUAGCUGCAGAGCAGUCAAAGGAGUCCAUAGAGAAUAAACCAACCUUACAGACAACAUGUGGACAUACAGGGGCCGGAGUGGAUUACUGUGCCCUAUCUAUACUUCCUGUGAAGAUCAAGGCAAAAAAGGGAAAUUGUGUCAUCAAAACACACGCAUUUUUGGACCCUGGGAGUUCAGCAACUUUUUGCUCAGAACAUCUUAUGCAAAAGCUGAAUGUUACUGGUAGAAGAACUUCAUUUCUCUUGCGUACAAUGGGACAGGAGACUGUUGUUCCAGCCUACUCUUUGAUUGGUCUAGAAGUGUCUGGUGUAGAAGACCAUAAUUUUUAUCCUCUGCCAGAAGUAUUGACACAAAGGAAAAUGCCAGUUUCAACUGAGAGCAUGGCAACAUCUGAACAUCUGAAGAAACAUCCUCACUUGUCUAAAAUUCACAUGCCAAAAAUAAAUGCAGAAGUCGACCUAUUAAUAGGUACCAACGCCCCCCAGCUACUGGAGCCUUGGGAAGUUAUUAACAGCAAUGGAAAUGGACCAUAUGCCGUUAAGACAGUGUUGGGAUGGGUAGUCAAUGGUCCACUGAAUGGAAACAGUGGUGUUUUGGAGGAGUGCCCCCACUCUGCUACAGUGAACAGGAUCUCUGUGAAUAAACUUGAGGAAUUGCUGUCCAGUCAGUACAGCUAUGAGUUUAAUGAAAAGGUUUCAAAAGACAAAGAGAUGUCAAGAGAAGAUGUAAAGUUUCUAAAUACAUUGGAAAAUUCAGUAAUGUUGAUUGGCGGACAGUACUGCAUGAACUUACCCUUUAGAAAUCCUGAGGUUCAUUUUCCAAACAACUACAGUGUGGCUAAGCAAAGACUUCAAAGUUUAAAGAAGAGAUUUAUUCAUGAUAAAGCUUGGCAAGAGGAGUAUUCAAGAUACAUGAAUGAACUUUUCAAGAAAUCUUAUGCUGAAAGGGUCCCUAAACAGCAGAUAAAGGGGAGGGAAGGAAAGGUCUGGUACAUCCCUCAUCAUGGUGUUCAACAUCCAAGGAAAAAAUCCCUGCGAGUUGUUUUCGAUUGUGGAGCCACCUUCAAAGGAGUGUCAUUAAAUGGAGAGCUCAUGCAAGGCCCCAAUCUAACAAGUUCAUUGCUGGGAGUUCUUACAAGAUUCAGACAGGAACCUGUGGCUUUCAUGGGUGAUAUCCAGGCAAUGUUCCACCAAGUGAAGGUAAUGGAAGAACAUAGAGACUUUCUGCGAUUUCUAUGGUGGCCAGGUGGAGAUUUUGCUAAAGAGCCUGAAGAGUAUAGGAUGACUGUGCAUCUGUUUGGUGCCGUUUCAUCACCAAGCUGUGCAUGCUUCGCUCUCCAGAAAACAGCAGAUGACAACAAAUCUGAAUUCAAAUCAGAGGUUUGUCAAACAGUCAAGAAAAACUUCUAUGUUGAUGACUGCUUGAAGAGCUCGCCCACGGAGGAGACGGCAGUAAAAAUGAUGAAGGAUCUCAUUUUUAUGUGCGCCAAAGGAGGGUUCAUUUUGGAGAAGUGGAUCAGUAACAGUCGAGCCGUUUUGGAAGCUAUCACUUCUAGUCAAAGAGCCAAGGACCUGAAGAAGCUGGAUUUAGAUUGUGAUAAACUUCCAGUAGAAAGGGCUUUGGGACUGCAAUGGUGUGCAGAGACUGAUGUGUUCAUGUUUAAAAUGGAGAUAAAAGAAAAGCCCCUCACCAGACGUGGUGUUUUGUCAGUCACCUGCUCGAUCUACGACCCUUUAGGUUUUCUUGCACCAGUCACAUUGUGUGCCAAGAUGAUUCAACAGGAGUUAUGCAGAAGAAAAUGUGGAUGGGAUGACACUUUACCACAAGACCUUCGGUCCCAGUGGAAAAAAUGGCUUGAAGAAUUAGCUCUACUGUCCACAUUUGAAGUGAGAAGGUGCAUCAAGCCAGUGGGAUUUGGAAAAAUCAAAUGUGCACAAUUGCACCAUUUUGCAGAUGCCAGUGAAUGUGGAUAUGGGACAGUAACCUACAUCAGACUGGUAAACCAGAAUGAUCACAUUCACGUAGCCAUUUUGCUUGGCAAAGCCAGAGUAACACCUUUAAAACCUAUAACAAUUCCCAGAUUAGAACUAACAGCAGCUGUUCUUGCUGUUAGACUGGAUGCAAUGCUAAAAACAGAACUAGAGAUCUCACUGGAAAGUUCUGUAUUUUGGACUGACAGUACUUCCGUGUUGAAUGAAAACAAGCGCUUUCACACGUUCGUAGCAAACAGAAUCUCUUCUAUAAGAGAAGCAUCUGAACCCUCACAAUGGAGACACGUUUGCUCCAAAGAUAAUCCAGCUGACAAAGCCUCAAGAGGAAUGAAGGCUUCAAGCUUCCUAAAGGACAGCGUAUGGCUUAAAGGACCUGAAUUUCUUUGGACACAUGAAUGUGAAGAGCCAACAUCAUUCACGGAGUUUUCAGAUGAUCCAAAUGACUUGGAACCUCUUACACCAAACCAUCUUCUUCUUCUCAUGAGGAAACCUGCUCUACCCCCUGGAAUAUUUGACCCGCAGGACCAGUAUGUUAGAAAACGCUGGAAGCAAGUACAAUAUCUUGCUGAUCUUUUCUGGAAAAGGUGGAUACGGGAAUAUUUGCCUUUACUCCAAGAGAGACAGAAAUGGAAUCAAAGGAAGAGGAAUUUGUUAGUCGGGGAUAUAGUUGUAAUCAUGGACUCAUCAGCUCCCCGUGGUUCCUGGUUACUUGGCAAAGUCUUGGAAGUUUAUUCAGACAAAAGGGGACUUGUACGAUCUGUGAAACUACAAACUAAAUCUAAUGUAAUCAACACGCCCAUAUCAAAACUUUGUUUGUUACAAGAAGUGUGAACUAUGUUUGGCUCCUUUUUGUGAGGUAUUUGUAAAUUGUUAUUCAAUUGUAUAACAAUUUAGGGGCCGGUGUGUAGGAGCCAUAUUGAGAAACAUGUCCUGUGGGUGUCGCUGUUUUUCAUGUUUUGCUGUCAAUGAUAUAUUGGUUGAUGAUCUGACCACACACAGGUGUGCAUGAGCCAGAUGGAGAAAUGGUUUUUGACCGCUUGUGCGGGAAAUGAAGCAAAAGAGUAGUCCAAUCCGUUCAGUAGUGUAAAUUAAUAAAAGAAACAAAGUAAUGCAAAGUUGAUCGGAGUAAAAGACUCAUUUUUCUUCGUCGUAUAAGGAAACAAAAGCCCGCUUGGCGCGUCAAUCAACUCUGGCGUCGCACAUCUCAGUGUAUCAAAGGAGCUAGAACUUAGUUAAAUAGUUUCUAGGCCUUUAGCUCCUACAGUCCCAUUCACACAAUGCUAGCAAUGCUCCCACGCACGGCUGCAACCUCUAACCACCAUG